CUCGACGGAGGAGGGAACAGAGCUGCCCGGCACUACAAGUAACAACAUCUAUAAGGGGUCGGGUCUUGGUGCAGCAGCAGCUCGACACAGUGAUCACCACCAUGAUGGCAACUAAAAGAUUUGAUAACUUUGAGGUGGUGUGUGAGUGGGCUUCAUGCGGCUUCAAGGGCCACACUAUGGAGGAGCUGAGCGACCACAUGUCCCUGCAUUUAAAGGACUACUUAGGAGACAGUGACGCUUUGGAGGAGCUAGAUGAAUACGCUUGCCUCUGGAAUGGGUGUGAAUUUGUAUCAAUGGGUAGUCCUCUGGAGCUGGAGAUCCAUACUUACUUCCACAACUACCAUGGUAAACUCAAAUUCAUCGGAUCACAUCUGCUCAAGUCUCGCCCGGACCUGCCCACUUGCAACCAAGGUGUACACAGCAACAACCUUGUUCCUGAAGGAUCAGAAGGAUAUGUUUGCCAGUGGGAACAUUGUGAUAGCACAUUUAACAAUCCUGAGUGGUUCUACCGACAUGUGGACAAUCACGUUGAAAGUGCUGAGCCACAGUCUCUCUCACAACAACAGCAAGCACUUUUUUGCCAUUGGACAGGGUGUGAUGCUUUCUUUAAGAUCAGGUAUCGUUUGAGAGAGCACAUGCGGAGCCACACUCAGGAGAGACUCGUAGCUUGUCCGACAUGUGGCAGCAUGUUCUCCAGCAACACAAAGUUGUUUGACCACCUCCACAGACAGGCUGAGCCAAUGGAAUCACUGGUUUGUGAACAUUGUGGGAAAGCUUUUUCCAAUGAGAGGCUUUUAAGGGAUCAUGUCCGUCAACACGUGAAUCAGGUCAAGUGUCCAUUCUGUGACAUGACCUGCACCACUUUGGCAGCUCUGAAGAUCCAUAUCAGAUUCCGUCACUGUGAUGAGCGACCCUUCCCAUGUGACUUCUGUGAUAAAAGGUUUAAAAAUCAGCGUGAUCUACAAAAGCACACAGAGGUCCAUAACGAAGGCUCUGUGUAUCAUUGCACGGUACAGGGCUGUGAAUAUUCCUGUCAUACAUUCCAAACUAUGAACCACCAUUUCAAGAGAGUGCAUGAGGAUGGGGGCAUGGCCAAAUAUAAAUGCCAUAUCUGUGAUAAGGUCUUCUCCUGGUGUUAUACUCUGACCCUUCAUCUACGCAAGAAACAUGAGCUGAAAUGGCCGUCGGGACAUUCCCGCUUUAGAUACAAGAAGGAUGUAGACGGCUUCCUAAAAGUGAACAUGGUGCGAUUUGAGACUGUAGAAGUGACAAAAGAGAUCAUGAAGAACAUGGCCAAAAAGCCUCAGGGCCAUCGGAAAAGCCAGAGAACCAGCAGCCGAAACAAGAAGGCCGCCAUCAUGCCGGAGAGUAACCGCAGCUCUCCUGUCGGGUCCUCCUCACCUUCGUCCAGCUCGUCUUCCUCCUACUCCUCAGACCUUUCCGGAGGUGAGGACGUUUCAUCUCAGCCCAGUCCCAGAGGCAGUGACUCCCCCGUGUACUGCGUCAUGAGUACCAUUCCGCACAUUGAGGACGAGUCUGGAGGGUUUCCUCAGGAGGACAGUAACACCAGUGGAACAUCCGGAGCAGUCCAGGCCCUCACAGAGGUGGCACGGGGCCUGGGCAUGGAUGUGGUGUGAUUCCUCUCCAUCCCAUAGUGUUCAGUCACAAACAUCCAUGAGGAUAUCUUGUAACUGUUGUGCAGUUAAAUCAUUUUACUUCUUCCAGUAUAUUUUGCUGUGAAGCUGUCAGCAGACACUGAAUGGCCUGUUUUUAUAGCCAAAGCUUUUAGAUGUUGUGUUUUAAACUCAAAUGUUUCACCUGUUGUCUCAGUAUUGGUUUUUGCAGAUAAAGCUUCAAGUUUCGUGAUGCCUUGCACUGACAUGUUAUCACUUAAUGUUUCUGUGACGCCUCGUGAAUGUGAUGACUUUAAAGCACUACGAUGGAAGGAUCUAGGAAAUAUUUCUUACAUCUGAUGUUUCUUGUUCCUUACAUGUUUUGGUUUCUCUUAUUUUUACAUAAUGGUGCACAACAGAGGAUGUCAGAGAAUACUUUUUUACUGUAGCCUUGGAUUGUUGCUUAAUAUGUGUUAUUUUAAUGCAGAAAUUAGUUUAUGUUGUUACAGAUUUUAAAUACAUUUUGAUACAAAG